AUGAGAAUGAAUGGUUUAAAACUCAUAGGGUCACUACUGAUUAUUAUUGCCAUUUUGUUGAUUCAAUGGCAUCAUCCAUACACCUACGUUUGCAGUUCUCAAACAACAAAUUCAAAAUCAAUUUCUAUCACAUCCACACAAGAACAAGAAUCACCGAAAUUUCCAUAUGCUUCUUCUCAUCACAACUCCGAUGCAUCAGAUUCGGUCCGAGAUUAUUUUGUCUGGAUUACCGAUGUCCAUUACGAUCCCUUGUAUGAUGACUCUAUUCCGGCAAGGAAUUUCUGUCGACCUCAUCCUCGUGAUAAUAUUGAUGGAGGAUCAUUCUCAACAAGAACCCCAAGAACCACACCCUCUCAACAAAAUAUUCUCGCAAGAAAUUAUCCCCUUUCCAAACAUGAUUUAUUGAUUAUUGAACAAAUUGAAAAAGAAUUUCAUGAAAUGCGGAAAAUGGAAGAGAAGGAGCAAUCGUUUCGUUAUUUGGAAGAAAAACGUAAAAAAUUGGAACAAUUAAUGAGAGAAAUGUCCUCCCGUGGUGGUAGUAGUCGUGGUCAUUAUCGACAAUAUCAACCAUCAUCGUUAGUUUCAUUACAAAAAACCAAAUUUGGAAAAUAUGGAUGUGAUGCUCCAAUUUCUUUGGUUCAAUCGACUUUCCAAAAAAUUGGACAAGUCAUUAAGGAAGAACAUGCCAAAGAUCCUGACUUUAUUUUAAUGACUGGAGACUACAAUGCUCAUCAUUUAAAAGAUGCACAACAAGCUCUCUUGAAUAUUAGAGAUGUCACACGAAUGAUGCAACAAGAAAUUGGUCGUUCUGUUUCGAAUAUUCAGAAAAUUCCCAUAUUACCUUGUAUUGGAAAUAAUGAUUUAUUUCCUGACUAUUAUUUACCAUUUAUUGAGGAUCCUGAUAAUGGUUCGAUUGCUCUCAAAUGGUACGAUCAGUUGUGGAAUGAACCUGUAGGAUGGAGUCAAUUAUUUGGACUCAAUGAAACUCAUCAAAGAGAGACAUUCCUUCGUGGAGGAUAUUACAAGUAUGAAUUGAAAAAAGUUUCACACGGAGGUCAACCCAGCAAAAUGGUCAUUCUCGUAUUGAACUCGUUGCUCUAUUCAAUGAAUCGAUGGCCAGAAAUGAGAAAUGGUCAGAUGCCAGCCGAUCCUUCUGGUCAAUUCCAAUGGCUCCAAAACGAAUUGUUGAACGUGAAAAAACAACACGAACAAGGACUUGAUAUUUCUGUAUUCAUUGCCACUCACAUUCCUGCAGCUCAAAACUCAUACGAUGACAAACAAUUAUGGGAAGAGGAAUAUUUGGAAAAGUUCUUGAAUUUAAUUCAACCUUUUAGCAUGUACAUUCGAAGCAUCUUGUAUGGUCAUUUGCAUAAGGAUGAAUUUCGAGUGUUAGUUUCAAAGAGUCGAAAGAAUUUGAGAAAAGGAGCCACUCACACCUCUCAACAGAAUUCGCAAAUCAACAACGAUGACAUUUAUGGAAUGAUUGGACUCUCUGUCUCCACUGUUUUUUCCAAUAAUCCAGGAUUUCGAGUAUUGUAUUACAAUUCACAGGGAACCAUUCAAGACUAUGAUCAAUACUUUAUGGAUCUCUACUCGAGUAAUCAAUUGAAUCAAGCACUCUGGAAAAAAGAAUAUUCCUUCUCAUUGGCAUAUCCAUCUGUGUUUGAAAAUGAACAAUGUGUAACUCCAAGAACCAUUUCAAAUUUAUUGAAAACAAUGAAAGAUCCAAAUUUCACACAAAAUGAGAAGGACUCCAACAACAACACCAUGAUGACCACCUUGAUGAAAUAUUUGAGUUAUUACACUGGAAUGUAUAUUAAGGAUCGUUACAAAUAUUAUUGUGAAUUUGAUCAAUUGGAUGAAACUUCAUUUUUGCAAUGCAUUAAUAAUGGAACGGAUAGUGGAUCCUCUCUAUGGUAG